AUGGCUUCUCCCGAAGAUUCCAGAACCACCACCACCACCACCACCAAGCCCCACUUCCCCCUCAACUCCUCCGCCUACCAACUCCUCGCCGAGAUCGGCUCCGGCGCCGGCGCCGUCGUCUACAAAGCCCUUUGCCCCUCCGCCACCUCCUCCUUCGUCGCCAUCAAGUCCAUCGACCUCGACCGCUCCUCCGACGACGACGACUGCCUCCGCCGCGAGACCAAGACCCUCUCCCUCCUCUCCCACCCCAACAUCCUCUCCGCCCACUGCUCCUUCACUGUCGGCCGCCGCCUCUGGGUCGUCGCCGGCUCCCUCCAGUCCGUCAUCUCCUCCGCCUUCCCCUCCGGCGUCCCCGAGCCCUCCAUCGCCGUCGUCCUCCACCACACCCUCCUCGCCCUCUCCUACCUCCACGACCAGGGCCACCUGCACCGCGACGUCAAAGCCGGCAACAUCCUCAUCGACUCCGAUGGCUCCGUCAAACUCGCCGACUUCGGCGUCUCCGCCUCCGUCUACGACACGUCGUCCUUCCGCCUCAGUGACGUGGCCGGCACUCCUUACUGGAUGGCCCCCGAAGUCGUCCACUCCCACAACGGCUACGGCGUCAAGGCCGACAUCUGGUCCCUGGGCAUCACCGCCCUCGAGCUCGCCCACGGCGGCCCGCCUUUAUCGCACUUACCUCCGUCGAAGUCGCUUCUCAUGAAAAUCACGAAACGCUUCAACUUCUCGGAUUACGAGAACCGCGGCGUCAAGAACUCGAACUCGAACUCGAACCAGAGCAAGAAAUUCUCCAAGAGCUUCAAGGACUUGGUGGGCCUGUGUUUGGACCAGGACCCGAAUAAGCGGCCCAGCGCCGAGAAGCUUCUAAAGCACUCGUUCUUCAAGAACUGUAAAGGAGUGGAUUACCUGGCGAAGACUCUACUCACUGGGCUGCCUAGCGUGGAGGAGCGGUUUAGGGUUUCGGGUGGCGUGUUCAGCAAGAAAGAGGAAAAUGAGACUACUGAGGAUAGUGAUGAUGAUGAUGAUGAUGAUGAGCCGAGGGAGAGGGUUAGGAGUCGGAGGAUUAGCGGCUGGAAUUUCAACGAGGACGGGCUUGAUCUCCACCCGGUGUUUCCGAGCGGCGGGGAGAGGUUCUUUCCGGCGUUGAGCGAGACGCAGGAGUCGUGUGUGAGUGUGAGCUCGUCACCGGGGGAUCAUGAGUCGAUGGAGUCGAAUCGGAGCUCGAUCUCCGGUGUGGAGAGGAGUGUUAGUGGGGGCGUAAUGGAUAGGGAGGUGAUGGUGGGAGGGCUGACGGCGUUUAUGAGGAGUUUGGAGGAGCAGAGGAGCAAUGUGGUGACGCUGAUGGGUUUGUUGCGUGGGGAGGAAGUAAUAGGGGGAGAGGUGGUGAUGAGUAGGGAGGAGCAGAUGGGGCAAGUGAUUGAGAGGAUGAGAGUGGAGUUGGAAAAUGAGAGGGAGAGGAAUUUUCAGCUGGAGAUGGAGUUGGAGUUUCUGAGGAUUCAGAUUUCUGGGACUUACACAUCUCCUGGGACUUCUGGGAGUAUUGACUGAUUGUGAUAUCAUU